AUGGCGGCGGCCGGGCCGGAGGUUGUGGCUUGGCAUGGAUCGUGGUCACACACACCUGGCACUGCCAAUGUGUCCUCCACAGGAACAGAUCCGACCCAAAAGGUUCCGGCUCAACUGCUCGACAUGUCAACAACAGACCAGCUUCUGGAGGUCAAGCGGACUUUCUUCCAAUCCGACGUGUUCCUCAAGGUCAACCUCACACUGGUCAUGAAGGACAACCACACAGACCCUCAGACCACCAUAGAAGACUGGUUGAAAGAACUCCUGGAGGUGAACAGAACCAUGCUGGUGUUGAAUGUGGUCCUAGUCCAGGACCACCACUGGAGAUACUUCUGUGCCUUCCAUGUUCAAGACUACAGCACAGACACUGUGGAACAAAUCAUAAAGUUCAUCAAUCACACUUUCAUGUCAACACAUGGAAAUGGAAAUGGCUCCAUUGUCAUCCAAACCACCGAUUUGAGCAUCAAGCAAAUAAUGCCACAGAAUUGUGUGGAAGAAAUGAUGUCAACCAUCUAUGGAGAAUACGUCUGGCCUGAAACCUUCCCUCAAGUCAACCAAGUCAUGGGAUGCACGGAGCCAACUUCGGAGAAAGCCUUCCGCCUUUGUAAAUUACACAUUGAAACGGACAACACCAGCUGGUCUGAACCAGAUAUGACAAAGUGCAGCCCACUUGUGACCAUACCCGACCUGGAAAACAUCACGGUCACCACAGAUAACGUGGAUGAAGUCGCGGGCAUCAUUCAGGAUCUGGUAAGUUCUCAGCUUAGCAACGCCACGCAGAUUCCGUCUGGCGAGCUGAACACGCUGGUGGAGAAACUCAACCAGGUGGUGGAGUUAGGUGCCGCCCAGCCAGCACUCAGCAGCAAAGUUUUACACGUCUUCUCCGACAUCUUGAUUUCUGAGACGGAUGUUGCUCCAGUGGCUGGCAGCGUCCUCUCCAUGACGGACAGGAUGGGAAACAAGAUGGAUUUCCCAGGAGAGUCACUGAGUUUGACCGCUCCUUCAUUGGCUCUGUCCAUGAUCGACGUGCACCCCCAUGGGUUUGGCGGCUUAACAUUCGGAGCGUCCUCCACUACAUCACUGCAGGAACCAAAUGUGUUUGUCAACCGCAGUUUUGAGGGUAAACCCAUCUCAGGUGCAAAUGUGAGCAUCUCUCUGCCCUCUGCUCUUCACAACUUCCUUCCACCUGGAGCCAGAAAUAUAACUCGGGUCCAGUUCCAGUUCUACGGAACGCAAGACCUCUUCCAGGACCCACGAACAGCCAACACGUCGACACCCGGCGACUUGUCCUUGAACUCCUACAUCGUGUCCGCCAGCAUCAACGGCAGCCACGUCAACAACCUGGACCAUGGCGACAGGGUGGUGGUCACGCUGCGCCAUCGACAGGACAAACGGCCGGACGACAAGGUGAAGUGUGUCUUUUGGGAUUUCCAGGACAAAGGUGAGCUUGUAUCUCUGAUGUUUGCUGUUGGAUCAAAGGAAGACUUGGAUAAAGGUGCAAGGAUUGGUCGGCCUGCUGAUAAGUCACCUUGUGACGUGUCCAGAGAAGUGAUCAGUGAAGCCGACAACGACAUUUUAACUGUCCUCUCCUACAUGGGUUGUGGUUUAUCCUCCAUCUUUCUGGGCAUCACAAUCCUCACUUACCUCUCUUUUCAGAAGCUGCGUGGAGACUACCCCUCCAGAAUCCUCAUCAACCUGUCAGCCGCCCUGCUGGGUCUGAGUCUGAUCUUCCUGCUGGACUCGUGGUUGUCGUCCUUCUCCAACUACUUCCUGUGCAUAGUGACGGCCGCCACGCUGCACUACUUCUUGUUGGCCUCCUUCGCCUGGAUGGGCCUGGAGGCGGUGCACAUGUACUUCUCCCUGGUCAAGGUCUUCAACACCUACGUGCCCGCCUACAUCCUCAAGUUCUGCGCUGUGGGCUGGGGUGUGCCCCUGCUGAUUGUCUGCCUGGUGCUGGCCGUAGACAAAGAUGCUUACGGCAGCUCAGCCUCCUCCCAGUCUGCAGCCUUGCUUCACUCCACUCCGUCCUUCUGCUGGCUUCAGAAUGACGUCUUCUUCUACGUGACAGUGGUGGCCUUGGUGCUCCUGGUCCUCUUGUGCAACACCUGCGUGUUCCUGGUGGUCCUGGUCCAGAUCCGCCGGAUGGGCGCCAACAAGCCGAGGGCCCACAGCCGCCGUAGCGUGCAGGACUUGAAGGCGGCGGUUAGUCUCACGGUGCUGCUGGGCCUCACCUGGCUGCUGGGAUUCUUCUCCUUCGGACCCGGCAGAGUGGUGAUGAUGUACCUGUUCACCAUCUGCAACACCUUGCAAGGCUUCCUGGUCUUCCUCUUCCACUGCCUGAUGAAGGAAAACGUGCGCAAACAAUGGCGGAUCCACCUGGGCUGUGGACCUUUAAGACUCCGUCAGGUGUCAGACUGGACCCGCUCCACGACGGCCGGCGGUCGCAAAAACCAGGUCAUGACCUCGGACUCUGUCCACACCUCCUCUCUGGGGGACAUCUCCUACUCCUCCACCGGCUCCAACAACCUCAUGAAUGCACCUGAGCGAGCACAUUCUAGCAACACACCAAAUGACAACAAGUCGUGAGUGUGUCCAAAUGGAAAAUGUCUUUAUAAGUUCAUUAUUUCUCCAAGCUGUGAAGUAUAAAA